AUGGUCCUCCGAAAUCUUCUGGUUUUGGCGAUAAGCCUCGCCGGGGCUAUAGCCUUUAUCCCCCAUGGUUCUAUUGGGGAAAAGGAGCCCAUAAUAACCGAAGCUUUGCUUCGUGAGGUAGUGGAGCGUAUGGGCAAGGAUUUCAACGAGGCCGCUUCCCCGUUCCUCGGGUUCCCGCCUGCCGACCGCCAGCUCGCGAUGAUGGCGCGCGCCAGCAAGGCACUGGAGCACGAGCAGCUGGACUACGACUCGUUGAUAGACGGCAACCCCAGCCCCAGCCUGCGCGACCAAGAGUACCUGCAGCACAGCUCGUUGUGGGGCCAUCAGUACGUAACCGGCGGUGCAGGAGAGGGUGAACAGCACCUCCAGCCCUCCGGUCUGCUCCCCAACCGUCAGAUGAUCAAGACGGACGCAGUGCUGCCGGCCUACUGCAACCCGCCGAACCCUUGCCCCUUUGGAUACACCGAAGACCAGGGCUGUAUCAUCGAGUUCGAGAACACGGCCGCCUUCAGCCGCGAAUACCAGCUGGCGCAGCGCUGCAUGUGCGAUGGGGAGCACAUGUUCAGCUGUCCCCCCGACAGCUCCUCAGAGCUGGAGCUGCGUUUCCCCGACCACCACAAGAACCUGGUCGCGAAGAAGUAUAAGCCCGAUAGGGGGAAUCCUUACCUGAUGGGGGAGCGCCUGCCGAUAGCGGCCAAAAAAGGCUUCGAUGUCCACGUGUUU